AUGGUCCGUUGUAGACGAUGGAAAUCGUGUCUUUAUUUGCGAACGGUGGAUGGUAAGACGACAGAGAUCAUUUGUUCGUUAAUGGGCGCUGGAACAUGUCGCUGGACGUCAGUGGGCACUGGAGUAGAUCGUCAGGCGUCAGCGGGUGCUGGAAUCGGUAGCGGGACCAGCUUCGUUAUUAUCUCUCGUAAUGUAUUCUUCUUCAUCCCAUUCUGUCAAGAUAUUGUCAUUCUUUUUUCAUUCCUUUAUAUUACCUUUUAUUUGAUGCACUUCUUCUUUUGCAUAUUAUUCUCUCUUCCUCCUCCUUUUUAUUUAAUUAUUUUUCUUCUAUCCUUCUCCUUAUUCCUCUUCUAUCCCACUUUUCCUCCUCCUUAUACUUUAUCUUCUUCUUUCCACUCUUCCUCCUUCUCUUCUACCACUAUCACCAACUCCACUUCCUCCUCCUCCUCCUUCUUCUUCUUCUUCUUGUAUUUCUAUUCUUCCCUUUCCCAUCCUCCUCUUUCUUAUCCUGAUUUUUUCCUUUGUUCUAUUCUUCUUGUUCUUGUUCUUUUUCUUCUUCUUCUUCUUCUUCUUCUUCUUCUUCUUCUUCUUCUUCUUCUUCAUCUUUUUUCUGUUCCUUGUUCUAUUUGUCCAUUUCUCCUAGUUAUCCUCCCCCUCACUAUUCUUCCUCUAUUUCACUCUUCCUUCUUCCUCUUCCUCUACAUCUUCAUCAUAAUAUUCUUGAUCAAUUUAUUUUUUUUUAUUGUUCAAGCGUUUUCUUUAAUGCCUUCUUGUAAUUUCUGUUUUUAG